CACCCCACUCACUAAAUUUAAUUUCUCCCACCCAAAACAUUAUAUAUUCUCUGACCAUUUUACACCUCCCAAAAGAUCCACCCCUGCCUCCAUAGAAAAACGCACCCAGACCCAACCCUCUCUAGUCUCUACUACCGCUCGCCACCAAUUAUGGGCUCAAACGGCCAAUAUGAAGAGCCUCUUCUACUAUCAAAACCACCACUUCCCCCGCCGCAAAAACCCGCGGCGGAGGAAGUAAGCUCGGCUCUCGAGAACACGCUUACAAACCAUGACAUGACUAGUCCACGUCGCCUGUGGCUAGCCACAUGGCUUGAAAUGACUUACUUGGUCCCACUUGCUGGACCUGCUAUCGUUGUUUACUUGCUAAACAACGUCAUUUCUAUGUCCACUCAGAUCUUUUGUGGUCACCUCGGUAAUCUCGAACUCGCCGCCUCUUCUCUUGGUAAUAAUGGUGUCCAACUUUUGGCUUAUGGUCUCAUGCUUGGUAUGGGAAGCGCAGUGGAAACACUAUGUGGGCAAGCAUAUGGUGCUAAUAAAUACGAUAUGCUCGGAGUUUAUAUGCAACGAUCAACGGUCCUCCUAAUGGCCACCGGAAUUCCUCUAAUGAUUGUUUACCUGUUCUCAAAGGACCUUCUGAUACUACUAGGGGAACCAGAGAACAUAGCCUCAGCUGCAGCUAUUUUCAUAUAUGGUUUAAUCCCUCAAAUAUUUGCAUAUGCUUGCAAUUUCCCAAUACAAAAGUUCCUCCAAUCACAAAGCGUGGUGUUCCCAAGCGCAUACAUCUCAGCUGCUGCCCUUUUGGUCCACAUUGGGCUCACUUGGGUCACGGUUAACAAGCUUGGUUGGGGCCUUAUUGGGGCUUCUUUAGUGUUGAGCUUUUCAUGGUGGAUCAUAGUCGUGGCUCAAUUUGUUUACAUAUUGGUGAGCUCGAGGUUUAAGUACACUUGGACUGGGUUUAGCUGUGCUGCGUUUAGUGGGCUCUGGGAUUUCCUCAAGUUGUCUGCUGCCUCGGCUGUGAUGCUCUGCUUGGAGACUUGGUAUUACCAGAUCUUGGUGUUGAUUGCUGGCUUGCUUGACAAUGCCGAGAUUGCCUUAGAUUCCCUCUCCGUAAGCAUGACAAUAUCAGGAUGGGUGUUCAUGAUAUCAGUAGGUUUCAACGCCGCUGCAAGUGUAAGAGUGAGUAAUGAGUUAGGAGCAAGACACCCGAAAUCAGCAUCAUUUUCUGUAGUGGCAGUGACAACCCUGUCCUUCUUGGUAGCCCUUGUCUUCGCCAUCCUUGUGCUCAUUUUUCGGUAUGAGCUCAGCUAUAUCUUCACUGGUGGCACUGAAGUUUCUGAGGCUGUUGCAGAUCUCUCACCCUUCCUUGCCAUUUCUAUCCUUCUUAAUGGAAUUCAACCUGUUUUAUCAGGUGUGGCGGUUGGAUGUGGAUGGCAAUCCUUCGUUGCUUAUGUAAAUGUGGCAUGUUAUUAUGUGGUUGGAAUUCCUGUUGGUGUUCUGCUUGGAUUCUACUUUAAGCUUGGCGUUAAGGGAAUAUGGGGUGGGAUGAUUGGAGGUACAGUAAUACAAACUGUAAUUCUACUGUGGGUCACGUUCCGAACAGAUUGGCAAAAAGAGGUAGAGAAAGCUGCGAGCCGACUAGAUAAAUGGGAAGCCGUGAAAGAGCCUUUGCUAAACUAGAUUAGUUAAUAUAUUAAAUCUUCGUUCAGUAUGAAAAUACAUGCAAGAAAAAAAAUAUGAUAGUAGUGUAGUUUCUCAUUCAUACAAACAGCUUCAACUUGGACGUGCAUGCAAAUUUUGGUCAUGAAAACUGAGAGAUGGAUGCGUUUAUAGUGUGAAACCUCCAUGUAUGAUGUGGAACUCUAUCAACAAAGUUUUGGUGUAAUGAUAUGGGGUUAUGUUAGCCAGUUUCUAAAUUGUUGUAAAGAUUACUGCAUCAAGUUAGCGGAUCAUGUUGUCUUGAAUGACUGAAAUUAUAUAUCUAUGAAGGAAAUUAAGAUUAGUCUCCA